AUGCCGCCCUCGCUAUCACGCACGGCAGACACUGAAGCUGCUGCUUCUGAGGGUAACAGAAAUGUCUCUAGUGCUGACAGUGAAUCUUCGUUUGAUAAGCCAGAUGUCCAUGAGGUGGGAUCUUUCGUGGCCUCUAAUGAUGUUGGAGGCGGCUCUGCUUCGCCAAUUGAUUGGCCUGCUACACCUGCCCGCCCUCAAAACAAGAUUGAACUACCACUCAUUCCUGAUAAUGCCCACCAUAUUGGAUGUGGUGUAACUGAUGAACAUCACCCGAUAUCCACAAAGGAGUACUCGCCCAUCGACAUUAGUGACAAAGAUUACCCACCCCUUCCUUCCCCGACAAAAAUGCCUAAAACGUUCAAAAAGCCUUUCAUAUUGCGGUCUGCCCAGAAGAAGCGCGUUGCUCCUGCGGAUGGUUCGGACUCAGACCAUUCUGAAACCUGUUCUCCUAGUAAACGCUCUGCCCAGAAGAAGCGCGCUGCUCCUCUGGAUGGUUCGGACUCAAACCAUUCUGAAACCCGUUCUCCUAGUAAACGCCCACGCAAAUUUAUUUUGCCCCCUGCUGCAGCUCGCGAUCUUCUCCAACCUGUCGAUGAUGAAGCUCCUCUGCCUACUGCUGAAGAAUAUCCAGCUUCUGUCGUUAUCCAUGGUCGCGUUUAUUACGCAUUUGGAUCAUUGCCCUUGCAGCCUGGAGCUGGUGCACCUCUUACCAGAUCUGCUCUUCCCCGCUCAUUUGCAGUUGGUGGUAAUGGUAACCUGGAGUCUCUCCCUGGUGGUCCCAAGGCUGGUAAUCAUUCUGAGCCUGCUUCUGAUCACGAGAGCAGUGAUUCUUUCCAUUCUAGAGAGCUGGAAUAUCCUGCCAAUUCUUCUUCUCCACUUCACCAUCGCUCUCCUAUCGAUACGGGUUCUAGUGUUCUCACACGUGAUCCCCCGGUUUUAUCGUCGCCGUCUCCCCCUUUGCCUUCAAAUCCCCUUGAUGGAUGGACUCCUUCUCGUCACUCAACUUCCCUUGCGAAGGACAGUUCUUUGUCUUCUCGCAAGGGAAGCAGAUCCAGCAGCAGUGUUGCACUCAAGAUGCACUCUCACGCUGCCUUUCCAUUGCAACCUGAUACUACUGCAUCAUCCCCAUCUCCACCCCAGUCUCUACUUUCAUCACCUGCGCAUCUCAAGGCCGGGUUGUCUCCUGCUAAUACUUCUCCCAUGGGAUCAUCUUCUCUUUGCCCUUCUUCCAGCGUCCAAGAAAAGAAGCGCUUAAGAGCACCAAAACUACCUGUCGCAUUGUCAGGCCGACCACUCCAUGAUCAACUGAUUUCUCAGGCACUUAGCCAUUCACCCACCGUUGUAGGCAGCAGUGCAGUCUCCGGUCCCACUAUCAACAUUGGCAAUCUUGAAUUUGUUCCUGCAACGGGCACUGUCUUGCGCCGCACAGGUUGCCUAAAUGUCGAUUGGAUUGAUGCCCAUUUGCGCGCUUCAUACAGAUCUGUUACUAAUCUUGCUUCCAUUCUCAUAUGGCCCAGUUCUGAUGAAACUCCCACUGACGAUGAAGAUUAUCUGCUCUAUGAUAAGAUGGUAUCUGCAUUAUCAGCAAGCCUUGAAUUAUCCAUCCGCGGUGUCGUCAAUUUCACCCAUUUUGGCAAUUUUUUUGACCCUGCACGUUUCAAUCCUGCUGCUAUUCCUCCUGCUAUCACCCAUGCUCGUUCAUCCAACAAAAAACAUCUUGUGCUUGAAAAUGAUCGUUUUUUCAAUGCUGUAUUCCUUGCAGUUGGGCGCCAGGAAGAAUCGUACAUUUGCAAACCAAAGACUUUCCUUCUCCACAAUAAGCCACCUCGCCACAUUCGCGGUGUCCGCAUACACAGUCUGCAGCAAGAGUCGCAAACUAUGUUUGCUUUCUUUGGUAGUCUUUUUGGCUGCUCUAGUUUUGGCUGCACAGUUUCUGAGGAAAUCGUUGAUUUCCGAUCAUGCCAGCAGUUCGAGUCUGAGGUUUCGAAAAACAACCGGAAUGAUCUCAGUCCUCUCAAACCUGUUUCUCCAACAAAGCGUAACCCCUCCAAAAUAUCUGAUCGACUCAAAAACCACUUUUUCAAGGACCCUUUACCAUUCUCUAAUGCAGGUAAGCCAUUUUCCAUUUUUGUCAUAUGCAUGCAAUCCACCCCAUACGCUUCCCGGCCCGGCCCGGAGCGGCCGGACUUCGGAAUAAUUACCUUGUGA